AAAGAAAUAACCAGGCAAAGCCCAAAAAAAAAAAAAAAAAAAAGAAGCCAAAGUAGAAGCGAAAAACGGGAAGUCAAGUAACAGCGAGACCCAACAGUGUAUCCCUGGCCUUUUUACAUUCUCAUAUCUUUUUCUUGUCCUGUUACUCUAUCAAAGCCCUAAUUCUCAGGUUGAAUUUGGGCAUGCUUUACUGCUAUUGAGUUUGAUUGCAAAGUGAGUGCAAUGGAUCAUCCAAGAUCAGGCUCAGGGAAUGGUGAGGACAAUGUUGGGAUUCCUGAUGAUUUGCGUUGCAAAAGGUCGGAUGGUAAGCAGUGGAGGUGUACUGCCAUGUCUAUGCCAGACAAAACAGUUUGUGAAAAACAUUAUAUCCAGGCGAAGAGGAGGGCUGCCAAUUCUGCUCUAAGAGCUAGCCUUAAGAAAAAGAGGAAGUUGGGUGGUGAAACUGAGAUCUAUGGGGCGGACACUAAGAGUGAUGACUUUGAUGUGCCACUUGUAAGUAGGAAAGUCAAAGACUAUCCUCGUCCAGUUUCUGGGAAGAAAUAUAAAGAGAAGGUUUCUAAGAAUCAAAUUCAGUAUUCACCUGAGACACCUCCUAUGAGGAAUCUCUCAGCACGAAAUUCUGCGAAGGUUGAAGAUGAUUAUCAAAGAGAUGACUCACCUUUUGAAGAGAGUUGGAGGUCAUACAAGACACCAUGUUUUUCUGCUGCGGAUUCAUCCAGGAACAGAUCAUCACAGAGAAGCCAUGAUGAUGUUGCUAUGGCGGUGGAUGACUCUGAAGACUCCUCUGAAGAAGUUUUCGUUGGGCAAACUUGUCAUCAAUGCCGCCGGAAUGAUAGAGAGAGAGUUACUUCGUGCCUUAAAUGUGAUAAGAGAGGAUAUUGUGAUAGUUGUAUCGCUACAUGGUACUCAAACAUCCCUUUGGAAGAAAUUGAGAAGGCUUGUCCUGCAUGCCGUGGUUCCUGUAAUUGCAAGGCAUGCUUACGAAGUGAUAACAUGAUAAAGGUAAGGAUACGGGAAAUACCUGUCCUAGACAAGUUACGGUAUCACUACUGUCUUUUGUCUUCAGUGCUUCUAGUUGUUAAGAAGAUCCAUCAGGAACAGUGUUCUGAAGUGGAAUUGGAAAAAAAACUUCGUGGAACUCAAAUAGAUCUUGUUAGGGCAAAGGUGAAUGCAGAUGAGCAGAUGUGCUGUAAUUUCUGUAGGAUUCCGAUUAUUGAUUAUCAUCGACAUUGUGCAAAUUGCAUGUAUGAUCUGUGCCUCCGUUGCUGUCAAGAUCUCCGGAGAGCAUCUUCUGGUGGUGUUGAAGAUGUAGGAAAUGAGACUGUUGAGAUAACUGAAGACAAAGAAGCUUCUGUGAGACAAGUAUCCAAUUUGAAACUGAAUUUCUUGGAUAAGUUCUCUGGCUGGAAAGCAAACAGUGAUGGCAGUAUUCCAUGUCCUCCAAAGGAGUAUGGUGGUUGUGGUCAUCACUCGUUGAACCUAAAUCGUAUCUUUAAGAUGAAUUGGGUUGCAAAACUGGUAAAAAAUGUGGAGGAAAUGGUUGGUGGCUGUAAGGUUUAUGAUUUUGAAGGGCCAGAAAAGAUUGAAUUUAAUAAUCCCAGACUCUGUCAAUUUGCUGACAGAGAAGAUAGCGAUGAUAAUCUUUUAUACUGCCCAUCAUCUCAAGAUAUUAAAGUAGAAGGAAUUGCAGAUUUUAGAAAGCAUUGGGGCAAGGGUGAACCUGUGAUUGUUAAAGAGGUAUGUGACAGCUCAUCCAUUUCAAGCUGGGAUCCACUGGCUAUAUGGAGAGGAAUUCAGGAGACAGCGGAUGAGAAAGUAAAAGAUGAGAUCAGAAUGGUGAAGGCCAUAGAUUGCUUAGACUGGUCUGAGGUUGAUAUUGAACUCGGUCAAUUUAUCAAAGGAUACACAGAGGGACGGGCACAUGAAAAUGGCAUGCCAGAAAUGUUGAAGUUGAAAGAUUGGCCUUCUCCCGGUGCUUCUGAAGAGUUUUUAAUGUACCAGAGACCUGAGUUUAUCAGUAAACUUCCUUUACUUGAGUACAUUCAUUCCAGGUUGGGUCUGCUAAAUGUUGCUGCAAAAUUGCCCCAUUAUUCCUUGCAAAAUGAUGUAGGACCUAAGAUUUAUAUAUCUUAUGGGACCUAUGAAGAACUUGGUAGAGGGGAUUCACUAACUAAUCUCCAUUUCAAAAUGCGAGACAUGGUGUACUUGUUGUUGCAUGCAUGUGAAGUGAAGGUAAAAGGUCAGAGGACAAAAAUGGAGGAUAUACAAAAAUCCAUUUGGGAAUCUGAGGUAAAUGAAUCCACGGGGGAUCCUGAAACAGGGUCAGAUGAGAAAGGGUUGCCUGAUUUAUCACUUGAUGGACCUGAUACGAAUGAUGAAUACGAGAGCACAUCUGCUGUACAUGAGGAUGAGAAAAUAGAGGAUCAAGAAGCUGAAGCUACCAUGAUUGCAGAGAAAUCUGUGGAUUUUGAACAGUUAAAUGGGGAUAGAAGGGAUGUGCCAGGAAAACCUCAUGCAGGAGCUUGUUGGGAUGUCUUUCGUCGACAGGAUGUUCCAAAGUUAAUUGAGUAUUUGCAAAUGCAUUGGAAGGAUUUUGGGAAGCCUGAAAGUGAAAUAAGUGAUUCUGUGACAUGUCCUCUGUACGAUGAAGUGGUGUACCUGAAUGAGCAUCAUAAGCAAAAACUAAGACAAGAAUUUGGAGUGGUGCCAUGGUCAUUUGAACAGCAUUUGGGGCAAGCUGUCUUUGUUCCUGCUGGGUGCCCUUUCCAAGUGAGGAAUCUCCAGUCCACCGUUCAGUUAGGACUUGACUUCUUAUUUCCAGAAAGUGUGGGGGAGGCUGUAAGAUUGGCUGAAGAUAUCCGCUGUCUUCCAAAUGAUCAUGACGGAAAACUUCAAAUUUUGGAGGUGGGAAAGAUCUCAUUAUAUGCAGCGAGUUCAGCUAUUAAAGAGGUCCAGAAAUUGGUGCUUGAUCCGAAACUGGGUGCUGAGCUUGGAUUUGAGGACCCUAAUUUGACCGCAGCAGUUUCAGAGAACCUGGAGAAGCUCACCAAGCAAAUACAAAUAACUUGUACCUGAAUUUCUGUAUAGUAAUUGUAAUUCAGAUAUUGAAAAUAAAUAGUUUCUCCGUUGCCCUUGUGGGUACCUGAUGGAAUUUCAAUGUAUAAAUGUAUUUUUAUGUACUUAAGGAUUGAAGCCAUCUGAUUCUUGACUAUGUUUUAGAAAACAUUUGCAGCUUGCAUAUCAGUUUAUAUUUAAUACAGCCAAUUGCCCAAGACAUUGAU